GUGCUGUAGCUUUAUUGAUUUCCUUGCAGUGAAGAUGAAAAACUCAAUGGUCAGAUUGUCGCAUUUUCAACAUGGCCUCCUGUAUCAGGCGAGAUUAAUCCACCGGUCACUAUAACUUUUGAGCAAACAAACACAGAGUUAACAGAACCCAGUUGUACAUUUUGGAAAUUCGAAAGCGGAUCCACAGGCUACUGGUCAAGUGAGGGCUGCUCAGUCAAAUCCAGGAACAACUGGUCGACAGAAUGUGAAUGCAACCACACCACAAAUUUUGCUGUGAUCCUAAGUCUUCAAGACUGUGGUAGUUUGACUGUUCCUACAAAUGGUAAAUUAGACAGUUCUACUGGAACAACCUACAACUCAAUAGUGGAGUUCAGGUGUGACGAUGGAUACUCUAUAGAAGGCAGCGCCACAGGUGUUUGUUUAUUCAAUGGCUCGUGGAGUGCACAAAGCCCUACAUGUUCUAUUAAAGACUGUGGGGAGCUCCAAGAUCCAGCGAAUGGCGAGGUUCAGACUGCCGGUGGAACAACGUAUAAAGAAGAUGCCGUAUACAGUUGUAAUGAAGGAUACACUCUGAAUGGUCGGGAAUCACGCGUUUGUUUAGAAAGCGGAUUGUGGAGUUUCUCGGCCCCUACAUGUGCACAAAUAGAUUGUAGUAUUUUAUCGGAUAUCCCAAAUGGAACUGUGACAUUGCUCGAGGACGGAAAUACAACCUACGGUGCCCUGGCUAAUGUUUCUUGCGAAAUAGGUUACAAUGCGACUGUGGAUAUAAUAAAGUGCACUAAAGCAGGGAUGUGGGAAAUCUCAACAUGUGAAAUAAUAGAUUGUAAAUCAGUACCAGAUAUAACAAUGGCAACUGUAACAUUAACCGAGGAUGGAAACACCAGGUAUGGCGCUGUCGCUUAUGUUGCCUGUGAAAAUGGUUAUAAUAAUAGCCUAGAGAUUAUACGAUGUCUUGAAACAGGAAGUUGGGAGAUUCCGAUUUGUGAAAAGAUUGAUUGCGGCGAAUUAGAAAAUCCAACAAACGGAGCAGUAAACAUAUCUAAGGGAACAACAUUUGGUGUUACGGCAAGUUAUAGUUGUGAUGUAGGUUUCAAUCUUGUUGGUGAUGAAACACGUAAUUGUGGUCCAAGUGGCAAAUGGAGCAAUAUGAAACCAGACUGUGCACAAGAAGGUGAUAAGAAGUGUUCGGAAGACACAGACUCAAGAGGUACUGUCUGGAAUGAAAUAGCAGCUGGAAAAACCAGAAUCUACGAUUGUAAAACAAAUUUCACUGGAAGUAAAAUGAGGCACUGUGAUACGGACGGAACAUGGGCGUUUCCUAAAUAUGAAUGUAUACGUGAAACAGUUAAAAAUGCUGUCAGCCAGUCGAAUUUACUGAAUGAAAAUGCAACACAGCUAGACGUAAGAAACGUUUUACAAGAUCUGAAAGGUGUAACGUCACAAGACGAAAGCAUAGAGGAAGGCGAUAAACUGACAGACUUGGAAAUAACAAGCUUGGUGACAUCUAGUGUGAGGAUUGCAGAGUUAUUGUCUUCUUCGCCAGAUUCAUUGAAUGCUGACAUAACUAAUGACUUUACUGAGUAUAUAAGCAACUUAUUAGAUCCUACGAAUAUAGAGAGUUGGAAUGCCAUAUCGCAAACGAGUAGCAGUGUGGCUGAAAGUGUCUUAUCAAGCAUUGAUACACUUGGUGAAGCGCUUGGAAAAUAUGUCGCAUCAUCGGGCACAGCCCUUCCUCCAGUCGUGAAAAAGAACAUAGCUGUUCAAGUAAAGCAGAUUUCAUCAGAUGAGUUUGUUUUUCCUGGUUCCGAUGCCAAACAUGACACUGUAGACGGCAGUUGGCUCGUAGAUACAAAGAGUAAAGUCCAAUUUAAUCUAGACUCAUUGCAAGGAAAAACUGACCAAGAGUUUAUUGUCACAGCGGCAAUGUAUAAAGAUUUGUCAGAUAUUCUGCCAGAUAAAAGUGAAGAUGAAAAACUCAAUGGUCAGAUUGUCGCAUUUUCAACAUGGCCUCCUGUAUCAGGCGAGAUUAAUCCACCUGUCACUAUAACUUUUGAGCAAACAAACACAGAGUUAACAGAACCCAAUUGUACAUUUUGGAAAUUCGAAAGCGGAUCCACAGGCUACUGGUCAAGUGAGGGCUGCUCAGUCAAAUCCAGGAACAACGGGUCGACAGAAUGUGAAUGCAACCACACCACAAAUUUUGCUGUGAUCCUAAGUCUUCAAGGUGAUCUUUUAUCUGUUCCCUUCUUUUGUAUUUUAUGCCGUUUUCUCAUUUAUUUUGGCCGUCAGUGGCGUGAUAAGGUCAGGGAGCAUUUGCGUGAUCUCAACUAUUCGAGCAACAACGGAUUUGCCAGUGUUUUACCGAUGCAUAAGUACACCGUUUUGUAUAACUUGCGGAUGGGCGAGCAUGUUGGACAUGAUACAGUUUCAAGUGUAUUGAAAACCGUGUUUAAUAAUGGAAGUUUGUUGUUUGACACAGGCAUGAUUUUUAGGAAUACUUCAUACUACAUAUUCAGAGAUUCAGAUAAUAUAUUGUGUAAUUUGACAUCAAAUGACAACUGUGACCCAGCAACAACUGACUGUCAGCAACAGAAUGGCACAACGUUUUGCAAAUGCAAGGACGGAUAUAAGAAAUUGAAUCCAUCAGAAAAAUUCUGCAUCGAUAUUGAUGAAUGUGUUGAGACACAUAUGACCUGUUCCGGACAUGGAAAGUGCAAGAACACUCGGGAAGGGUAUACUUGUGUAUGUACCGAAGGAUACAUCAUGAACCGUACAGAUCCCUAUAAUGUAUCUUGCAACGACAUUGACGAAUGCAACUCAAGAGAAUAUACCUGUAAGAAUGGAAGUUGCUCUAACACAGAUGGUAAUUGGAAUUGCAUUUGCCCUAGUCUUGGAUUUUGGAGGAAUGAGUUUUCCAAGAAUGUUGUGGUCUGUGAAGAUAUUAAUGAGUGUUCUAAUAGUUCCUACUUUUGCGGUGGAGAAUGUAAUAACACAUUUGGUAGUUGGACAUGCGACUGCGGAACCGGAUACCAGUCUCAUCCAAACAAAACCAAAUAUGCAUCAAACAUUACUUGCGAUGACAUUGAUGAAUGCGCCGAAAACAAAACUGACUGUUCUGGACAUGGAAAUUGUAGGAAUAUGCUAGGCGAUUAUACGUGUGACUGUGAUACAGGAUUUAUCUUCAACGAAACUAAUAAGUCGUGCCAAGAUAUUGAUGAGUGUUCGAGUAGUUCCUACUUUUGCGGUGGAAAAUGUAAUAACACAUUUGGUAGUUGGGCAUGCGACUGCGGUACCGGAUACCAGUCUCAUACAAACAAAACAAAAUAUGCAUCAAAUAUCACUUGCGAAGAUAUUGAUGAAUGCACCGAAAACAAAAUUGACUGUUCUGGACAUGGAAAUUGCACGAAUGUUCCAGGCGGUUAUAUGUGUGUAUGUGAUACAGGAUUUAUUUUCAACGAAACUAAUAAGUCGUGCGAAGACAUUGACGAGUGCCAAUCACCAAAUUAUACCUGUGGUGGUGGAGGUAAUUGCUCUAAUACAGAUGGCAACUGGACUUGCAGUUGCCCUGCUUUCGGAUAUCGCCCGCAUGAAUAUUCAGAAAAAGCGAUAGUUUGUGAAGAUAUAGACGAAUGUUCGGAUAGUACUUAUUACUGUGGUGGUACUUGUAACAACACUCUAGGUAACUGGACUUGCGAAUGCGACACCGGAUACACAAGAGAGUCAAAUGAAGAAGAAACAAUCAUUACUUGCGAAGAUAUAAACGAAUGUGACAACAAAGAGUCUUGCAUUGAUGGUGUUUGUAGAAAUCAAGAUGGAUCAUGGACAUGUAAAUGCCCAGAUGGGAAGGAACCUAAGACUAUUAAUUCUACUACGAUACUUUGUUCAGGUGGAUAUGUAUACAUUGCAACGAUAGGUAUAGCGGUAACUGGUCACGUUGGAAAUAAAGAUCCUGAACUUAAAGUCUAUUUGGAGACACAGAUAAAAACUGCAUAUGAAUCCAAAUAUCCGGAGCACAAUGUACGCGUCGAAAUCAUAUCCAUUUCAAAAGGCAGUACAGAUAGGAAGAAACGGCAAACAUCUGAAAACCUAGCUGUCGAAUUUGUUUUGCAUUUUGAUGAACCAUUGGAGUCGGAAAAUAUUACAAAUGCAUGGCAAGACUACAGGAAGGAAAGUUGCCCAAAAGGAAUAUGCAAAGCAGAGAAGAAUGAUAUAGCUGUCGAGCUACCAUUCAAUGUGAUAUUUGAAGAAGAUGUAGUAUUUGAAGAAGAUAAGCAAACUGAUGGAUUAUGUAAGAUACCACAAAAUAAUCUCUGCAACCCUGACUCAACAAAAUGCCAAUACAUCAACGCCACAUUAAAUUGUGAAUGUAAGAAAGGUUACACACGCAAAUCGGAUUAUGAAUGCAAAGUUUCAAAAAAUACCUGUAAUGAAAAUCCAUGCCAGAAUGACGGUUCAUGUCAUAUGAUUAAUGCAGACACCGAUUUUGAGUGCAGGUGCCGUGAUGGCUGGACGGGGAAAACUUGCGAGGAUGUACAAAAAAUAAUCGUAAAAUCAGCCGAAACAGAAUCCUGGUAA